CCCCGCGGACCCGGGUACGGGGGGGGGGUGGGUUUUUGGGCGGGUUGUCGCGACUAGGCUUGCCUAUCUGCAAAACAAACGGUGAAUGGGGAGUUGGCAGGGACUCCUCGGGGAUUGCACAGGUUGGGGAGUGUGAGGGUGACUCCAGGGGAGUACACAUUUCUAGGGACUCUUGACAGACUUUCUCUAAUGGGAAUCAUAAGAAAAACAUUCUGCUCUCUGAGGAGUUCAGUAGGUGUCCAUGCAUGACUUUCUCCAACAGGACUCUCGACGGGACUCCUGCAAGAAUUUUUUUGGGGACUCCUCAUGACUCCAUGUUGGACUUUUCACGUUAGAAAGUUUCUGCGAGAGUCAUCAGGACUCCUUACGAUUCCUGCUGGAGUUUUGCCGGGAGUCUCGACUAGGGUCCACAUUAACCUUUCAUUUUUCUCAAGGAAUACUUGAUUUCGUUCGAAAUGUCGAAAAACUUAUAUUACUCUCUUAUAUUUUUAAGUUGCAAUGACAAUGAAUCGUUGCUAUCACCGCCCUUCGUUUAGAAGCUUUUCACUUGUGAAAUAUGUUGAAAUAUGUUAAAACACGUAUCAAAGAACAAAGCACGUUCGAUGUGUACAUUCUCCAUUUGCGUCGGCUUGAGUAGCACAACUGAGGAUACGAAGUAAAGAGAAUAAGAUACCUGUUAAAUGAUAGAUUUAAUUCAAGCGCGAUCAAACAAGCGAAAAAAGAUAAUAAAAUAAAUUUAACUAAAUAACUAGAUAAUGCUCAUCUACGAUUCUCUCGGUUUCUUGAUUUAAGCUGCGCCACGCUACACUCACGAGUACAUCAAUCUGUUACCCAACAUUUUUCUUUUUAAGUAAACAAGCUCGCGCUUUCCAUCGGUCGGCACUCACAACAUAAGCAUAUCACCGGAAAAAAAAUAAAGUUGAUUUUGAGUUGCUGAAAAGUGCUUUUUCUUAUUCAGCACACUCGAUAACCCAGAAGAUUUUCUAUUUUUAACCAGGAAUCCAAAAGUUUAGGGAAAGUUUUCAAACUAAUAUCAUUCUCGCAUGGAAACUUUUUGGCGUCAUUUUGUUUCAAAAUUUUUCCUAAACUUUUGAAAUUAUCCCUCGCCAAAAAUAGAAAAUCUUCUGGACUAUUGAGUGUGCGAAUACAAAAAAGCACUUCAGCAACUGAAAAUCAACUUUGUUUUUGGUUCCGGUGACAUGCAUUGAUGAUCUUCAUUCAACACACUAGAAGAAUACUUUUAGCAUUUAGUACGCAUUUACAAAUUACUUUCAAUCGAAUUCGAAUACCGGACUAGACCCAACUUCAUUCUUUUGAAAUCCAUCCGGAAAAAUUCCAUUCCAGUAUUCUAAACUAAAACUGCGGAAAAACACAAAAUCAAUUUUUGUACGAAUAGAGAUUCGAUCACACAAACUUAGCUUUGCAGUAAGCUUCAAAACUAAAUCCACUGUUUUGUGUCUAUUCACUUGCUGUUUCACACACGGAGGAACUCAGAAAUGGGAAGAAUUCUGGAAACUCUCGGCUUCCCAGGAGUAUUGCUCGAAGAUAUUUAAUAAUUUAGUAUCUGUUCGAUGUAGUUUCUUUCGUGAUUAUUCGACUUUUCACUUUACUUCUUUGUGAGAAUUGUUUCAGUUUCAGCAUAUAUAUUACGCCGUCUCUUGGCGCACUCUGUUGCGUUUAACUUUUAUUUAACUCUGGCAAAUUAAACAUGUCUAACAUGAUAUCUGAGUUUGCCUUAGUUAUCUUCAACAUAUCUUUAAAAUAUUUAAAAUGAACUAGCGUUUAUUUCUUUUCUUUUAUAAUUGGCUCAUCCAGGUAGUAUCAGACGAUCAUUUUUCCAUUUUUUGCACACACAUACAUAUGAUAAUCAGUCUAAUUACAAAACCACGUGUUUAGAGUUGUUUCUCCUAAUGAUGACAUGAACAUCAGAUCGUGAUUUAAUUACAGUUCAGCAACAUUCAUUAUCAACAAAACAUUGUUUUUGUAUAGAAAAGUAGAGUUGAAAAAACAAUCCUACGUUAACAUAAGAUUGUUUGAUGCAGAUCUCGACAGUAUCUUUGUUGAAUAGUGAUAUAUACUGUUCGGAUAUUUCUGUAGUACUGGAUGUGAAAAUAAGCAGAUUUAUUAGCCUUCAAGUAUUUGAUCACCUAUUUAUAUAGAUGAAAACUUUUCGACAUGAUCUUUGACUUUAUUGGAAGAUCUAGAACAAGCUGUGCUAAAAAGAGGACUGAGAAAAGAUCGAAUAAUCAAACCUUUUUUUAUUAAAUGUCUACUGACACAAUGAAUUAACUGUUAGUUUAUUGCAUGAUUGUAUGUAAUGGGGCCCUGAUGUUAUAGUGGAUUGGUACUAUACUGAUGUUCUGUCAAAUUUGGCGAAAACUGACUUCUCUCAGGCUUACAGAAUAAAUUAAUAGUUGUAAUUAGUAUAUUUAAUUAUCGAAAAUAUCAUAGAGAAUCUGUAAUAUUUGAAUUGGUGGCCAGCGAUGCUAAAAAAUUCUGUGAAAGAAAAUUGAUAAGAAUUAUGGGAAUCAUUUUUGUUAGUUUCAAAUAUAAUACUAUGAUAGUUUACGGUUUUUCGAACAUCAUCACUGUCAGACAGCAAUAAUACGUAAGAAAAAUUGAUAAAUAGAAUAGAACAUAUUUUUGUAAAUAAAAACAUAUGUUUUGGUAUUUAGUUGUUAUAGUGAGUUUUUAUUACCUAUUUUUUUGUACUUUGUUUUGAUCCUUUAUCUAGAAAAUGGAAUUUGUUUCAGUCUUCUUCUAGCCAACAAAAACUAGAUGAAGAGACAAGUGAUAAUUCUUUUUUUGUUUUAAAAAAUUCUUUCAGCCAAACUAACAAAUUUUAUUUUUGUGCGUAACCUUGUAUUUGAUUAUCACAAACUUUUUCAUAUAGUUUCUUUAAAUAGAUAAUUUUUUUUUAUGUGGUCAGAUUAAUCUUAAUAUUCGCAUGAUUUUUUUUUUUAAGAUAAUUUAUUUUCUUCUGGCUUAUUGUGUUAUAGUUGUGAAAGCGUUGCGAUGCUUAUAUUGAACGAUGAUGAUGUGAACCGAUAGUUGUAUAGUUUGAUUUUAUCAAUCGUAUUAUCGUUUCGUUUAAUGGAUGCUGAUUUUAAAGCACAAUUAGAUCAAGAACGUCAACGAGUAGAAGAUGUAUUCGAUUUUCAAGGAUGCAAAGUGGGCCGUGGCACUUAUGGACAUGUAUAUAAAGCAAAGAAAAAAGAUGGAACGGACACAAGAGACUAUGCUCUAAAACAAAUAGAAGGUAGUGGCCUUUCAUUGUCAGCAUGUCGUGAAAUAGCUCUAUUACGCGAAUUAAAACAUAUUAAUGUGAUUACUUUACAACGAGUAUUUUUAUCUCAUGCUGAUAGAAAAGUAUUUUUAUUAUUUGAUUUUGCUGAACAUGAUUUAUGGCAUAUUAUUAAAUUUCAUCGUGCUGCAAAACAAAAUAAAAAGCCUGUGAUAUGUGCACGUGCUAUGGUCAAAUCGCUUUUGUACCAAAUAUUAGCUGGUAUACAUUAUCUCCAUUCAAAUUGGGUUUUACAUCGAGAUUUGAAACCUGCAAAUAUUUUGGUUAUGGGAGAUGGAGUUGAACGUGGUCGAGUAAAAAUAGCCGAUAUGGGUUUUGCACGUUUAUUUAAUUGUCCAUUAAAACCAUUAGCUGACUUGGAUCCAGUUGUAGUGACGUUUUGGUAUCGUGCUCCAGAAUUAUUAUUAGGUGCUCGACAUUAUACAAAAGCAAUCGAUAUUUGGGCAAUUGGCUGUAUUUUCUCGGAACUACUAACGUCUGAACCGAUUUUUCAUUGUAAGCAAGAAGAUAUCAAAACAAGUACGCCAUAUCAUCAUGAUCAAAUCGAUCGAAUAUUUAGUAUUAUGGGUUUUCCAGCUGAUAAAGAAUGGGAAGAUCUUAAGAAGAUGCCCGAUUAUUCUCGUUUAUCGAAAGAAUUCAAGAAAAAUAAUUAUGCAAACUGUAAUUUGGGUAAAUAUAUGGAUAAACAUAGUGUACGUGCAGAUACUCGUUCAUUUAUGUUGUUAACAAAAUUAUUAACAAUGGAUCCUACAAAACGUCUUUCAGCUCUCGAUGCAAUGAAUGAUUUGUAUUUUAAAGAAGAUCCACGACCAACAGAAGAUGUGUUUGAUGCUGUGCAAAUACCUUAUCCUAGACGAGAAUUUAUAUCAGAUGAAGAAUCUGAUGCAGCUGGGGGAAAUUGCCUAGGUGUUGCCGGAAAUAUCAAGACAGAACCAACGAUAAAAAUAGAACAGGCUACGUCUCUCACUCAACAACAACAACAACAACAACAACAGCAGCAUCAACAGCAAUCUCAUGUACAAAAAACUUCACAUGUUCAACAAUCUCAACAUGCUCCAUCGCAACAUCAAAUUGUUAUGACAAAUGCACAGCAUGCUCAAUCGAAUCCACAACAACAUCAACAUCCAUCUUCUAGCAGCAAUCAACCACCGGAUAAAAAAAUGCGUUAUAAUGACCCAUAUGACUAUCAAAGAAAUCCAAAUGCUCAACAAUCUCAGCACUGCCAAUCGUAUCAACAACAAGGUCAACAAUCACAACAACGUUUUUAG